GCAUUCUCCAUCGCCCUACCCAGCCAGCGGUUCGCGCGGCCAACCCCCCGCCACGUCCCGAGACCAUGUUCGUGGUGUUGCAUGGAGGUAACGUCGGACAUCGGCACGUAAUAUUACGCGAGCCACGAACCCCAAACCCCAAAUCAUUAAGCAUGUCUGCAGUCCCCAACUGUCAACAUGCAGCGAAAAGAGGUGCUGUGCAUACCUUUUACUGGAUGCUCAAUUUAUCCCACGCCACUGCCAGACCGGCAGUUGGUGCAUCCAUCAAGUAGCAGCAUUGCAGGAGGUCUGGCUUGUGCGAGCUGAGACGUCAGAUGCGAGCCUAUGAACACAGUCUGAGCGCUGCCUUUUACUUCUCGGAAUCCGAUGCCCUCCGAAGCAGUUUAUUUUUAGGCAGCAUGCCCGAGAAACUGGCUUAGAAGCCCGCUUUUGUAUAUGCAAUGUCCAACAAUUGGUAGCGAAUGGGCCUAGUUGGUGCAUGGAACCAUGCCAUUCGAGUGGAUCGUCCUAUCAAUACUGGGCACUUGCGGCGCCACCACUUUACCAAAAUGUGACAGUAUAAGAGGAUGAUGGUUUCCCCUUGCGCGGUCUUUGGGCAAGUGUACAAUACUGCCUUGUAGCACCUCCUUAUACCACACUUGACAAUGACACAAACUCGUAAUCCCAACGUGCUUCUCCUCAGCCAUGGACGUACACUGUCCAACCUCUUCGUCAAGCUCAUGUCGAAGCAGGAUGACUUUGAGCAAGCAGAGUACCAUUUUCAUGCCGCCUUUAUGUACUUGAGAAAGGAAAUAGGCGAAAAGCCCCUCAUUGAGCAGCCUGAAGGCCGCGAGACCUUCUACAAGAUGAUCAAGGAAGGCUACGACAAGUUCUUCCAAGACGUCGAGAACGCCUACAGCAAGAACAAGCCCGUCUUCUUCAAAGACCACGUCUUCCAGACCUGGCAGCCGUCCGUCAUUGACCAGGACAUCUGGGGCGCCGACCCAGCUCCCUCAUUGCAUCUGACCGGCGACCAGAAGCACACCAGCCCGACUCUGCUGCCCGACAGCUUCCUCCUCUCGGCCGUUCCCAUCUUCAUUAUCCGCCACCCUCUGAUGCAGACCGAAUCGUGGUACCGCGCCAACCUGCGCAUCUACCCUGUCGACCUAAAGGACCCCUUCUGCAAGUUGUCUGCCAACACAGGCUACUGCCGUCAACUGUUUGACUGGUACAAGACCCAAGUCCCCGCUGACGUCUACACGGGCCCGAACCCCAAAGGCCCUGGCCCAUUCAUGCCCAUUAUUGUGGAUGCCGACGACCUGUUGGAGGGCACAGAUGUCAUUGAGCGUGUCUGCGAGCGCGUCAACUUCUCCAAGGACAAGGUGCUGUACUCGUGGGACACAGUGUCAGGCGAGAACAGAACGGCGAUUGAGCGCAGCUACCUCAAGGGCCUGUGGGAGUCGACGGGCGUGGACAAGUCCAAGAGCUCCAAGGGCGUGACGGCCGAGGCCAAGCAUGCUGCGUGGAAGGAGGAGUUUGGCCAGGAGGUGGCUGAUUUCCUGCUCGCCUCGGCAAACAAGCACAUGCCCGACUAUGAGUACAUGUUGGCCCAGAAGAUUUAAGAGUACUCUCUUAUGAAGCGAGCGGGGAAAAACCCUUUUGUAUUAUUUACUAGAAUAAGCGACGUUAUGAACCAAACACAGCAAAGAAUGGACCUAAUGAACUCAACUCUACAUCAUGUUUAUACCUCUUGUAACGGACUAUUUCCAAGUGAUCU